AUGUCGAAGAAGGCGGAGAGGCUAGCAGAGAAGGACUCGACGACGGUUGCGGCGCCAAUCGACACGGGGUCAAUCAAGAAACCGACGAGACAAGCAGCCGCAGCGAACCAGCAGAGCAGCACUCACCGCAAGACACAGGAUGCAUCUAGCAAUCAGAGCAGCGGGGAAGACGACGGCUGCAACGGCGCACGCCCGAUCGGCCAGCCUGCCACACGAACACCCGCACCCCGUGCGCACCUGGACGACAGCAUCCGCGCGCUCAGGUCAUGGUCGGACAGAGGAGCCGCCGGUCAGUCCUCCGGCAUCGCCCUCGUCGAUGUCGUCCUGGCAGCGCUCGAUGAGCUCCUGGCGCUGCCGCAGGCUGUGGCAGCACUCCACACAGCCACCGCCGCUUGCGACCAAAUCCUCGAAAGGUUCCUUGUGCUUGCUGACGCCUAUGGCACAUUCCUGUCCACGUUCGUCAUGCUCAGGCAGAGCGUGGCAGAGCAGCAGGUCGGCACUAGGCGCGGGGACAGCAUGAUGGUCGCUGCAUCGCUUCGUGCACACAGGCGGACAGAGAAGGAGCUGUGCCGCCUCGUCACCACGAUGCGACAUGCCGCCAGGGGCACGUUGAGGCCAUUGGAUACCACGAACAAUGAGGUGAUCGGCAUUGUGGCAGAUGUAGCUGCGGCCACUGUGGAAGCAUCGGAGGCCAUCUUCAUGGAGUGUGCAGCAAUGUCACCGGACAUGCAAGUGCCUUCAAACAAGUGGCUGGCCAGGCUGAGUGUCAGGCCGUCCGGCAAGAAGGCAGCACCGGAGACAGCGAUGGUGGCGUUGGAGAGGCUAGAGAAGCUAGAGGAAUCCAUUGGUCGGCUGGAGACCGGAAGUGAGAAGGUUUUCAGAAGACUGCUGCAGUCUAGAGUUUCACUUCUGAACAUCCUUACUCCCUUCUAA